AUGAAUCCAAACCCGCGUACCGCGGACUGAUUUUUACCCGGGGCUGACGGUCUUCACAAAUACUCAGUCAGCGGGUUUAUUUGGCGUGCGAACUGCGAGGAUAAUUCACUUUCCUUUUAUAGUUUUAUCCCCUAAAACAUCAAUAGUCAUGACGUCCAAAGUAACCUUUAAAAUCACUCUAACUUCGGAUCCAAAGCUGCCUUUCAAAGUAUUAAGCGUACCAGACAAUACCCCAUUUACUGCAGUCCUAAAAUUUGCUGCUGAAGAAUUUAAGGUAGCACCUGCAACUUCUGCAAUUAUCACGGAUGAUGGGGUGGGAAUCAACCCACAGCAAACAGCGGGAAAUGUCUUUCUAAAACACGGCUCCGAAUUGAGACUUAUCCCAAGGGACAGAGUAGGCCAGUGCAGUUGACUUUGUUACGUUAUAAUCGGCGUUAAAAAAUUAAUUAAAAAAUAUUAUAAAUAAUAUAUCCAAACCGAUUAUACUCAUUUAAAGAUUGUAAUGUGUUAUUUUCCAUGAAAUUUCAAUAAUAAUGUUAUCAACAUUUUGCUAUACUUUAAA